GCCACUCUUAAUAUUUAUACUCAACUUUACAAAUCAUUGCCCAAUAUCUUGAUACCAAAGCUUCAAAUUCUCUACAUCUCGAGCACUCAAAAUGUCCUCUUCUGAAGCAAAAACUAUAGGCAUUGCCGGCAUAAGCGGCAAGUUCGCUCAAUGCAUCAUCAAAUCCCUCCUCCUCAAUCCAUCAGUCCAAAUCAAAGGUUACUGUCGCAGCAUAUCCAAACUUCCAACAAUAUUGACUACACACCCUCGAAUCAAGAUUUCAACAGGAUCCUACGACGACAAAGCCUCAAUCCAAAACUUCGUUUCCAAUACCUCCAUCGUCAUCUGUUGUUAUUUUGCCUCUACAGAAGUAAUGACCAACGGACAAAAAUACCUCAUCGACGCCUGCGAAACAGCCAAGGUACCCCGCUACAUAGCUGGAGAUUUCUCCGUUGACCACACGCUCAUUCCAUCUUCACGCAUUCAGCUCUUCCCAAAACCAACUAUGAAAAUUAUCGAAUAUCUUUCUACCAAGAAAACGGUCAAGGGAGUGCAUAUUCUCAACGGCGCGUUAAUGGAAACUUUCUGGGCAGAAUUCUUCCAGCUAUAUGAUUCCUCUUCUCGAACUCUCUCGUACUGGGGAACUGGUGAUGAAAAAUGGGAGUUUACUACGUACCAAACUGCAGCGGAUUAUACGGCCGCAGUUGCAUUGGAUGAAAAUGCUGUGGGGAUUUUCAGAUUCCUAGAGGAUCGAAAAUCUCCUCGCGAACUUCAAUCCACCUUUCAAACCGUUUACUCCACUCAAAUUCAUCUCAAGUGUCAUGGAUCUCUACAUGAUCUCGAACAAAAGCUUCAAGAAGCCGUAAAUACACAUGGUGAAGAUACAUCUCAAUGGGGCGCACUAGGCUUUGCAUUCUGGUGCACAAACGGAAAAGCGUAUUUGGGGGAAGAUAGCAGGAACCUUGAUAAUUCCAAGUAUCCUCAAGUGAAAAAUGUUACCAUGGAGCAGUUUUUGAAACGCCAUAUUUUGCAGGAGCUUCCGCUUGCGGAUCAAAGUUUGGGGUUUGAGUAGAUUUUGUUGGGAGAAGUGGCUUAAUGUUUUAUUCUUGGGGGAUUUGGAUAAGGAUGAAUAGUUAGGUAGCUUCGUCAAGGUAGCUUUGAACAUCCUUUUUUUCCAAGCAAAGUGGGAGUGAAAAUUUGAAGAGCUCAGCUGUAUGGUUAAUAUUGAAGUAAAUUUGCCAUUCUACGUUGUGCGUA